AGUGUGAUAUCUGCCAAGAAGAUCCAAUUCGUGGAACUCGAUGGCAUUGCAAAGUAUGCGAAAAGUCAACAGACUACUGUUCAGAUUGUCUCUUCACGCAGCUCAUUCAACCCAACCUUAGGCAUCCUCCAACUCAUAAAUUUAUCGCUUUUCGUGUUAAUCAUACAACAAAGAAAUGAUAAACUUUUACAUAAGUUUAGUGCGAAAGAAGAAAGUUUCUUGUCGAUAAAGUUAAAUUUUACAAACUCCAGAAUAGUGAUGAACUUUUAUUGAGCUCUAAUGCGAUAUUGGUAUCAAAUAAAAUAUACAGUUGAAAAACACUUUUGAUAAGAUUAAAGCCAACCACUCUUAUAAAACCAUUAGCUCGUCAAUUGGUGUUCAUCAUUCAAGUGAAGAGCAUGAAGAUGAUCAGCUUAAUUGUUUUAUUUUUUGCCCAAUACUUUUUAUCCGUCACACAUGCCUCUGUACCUUUAGUGAUAAAUACAUGGAAUUUCCGGGAAGCCAAUUAUCAAGCAUGGAAAGCCCUUUAUAUGGAGGGUAGAACGGCUCUGGAUGCUCUUGUUUCCGGAUGUGGUGUCUGUGAAAUUCGUCAAUGUGAUGGCUCAGUGGGAUUUGGAGGGAGUCCCGAUGAAUUGGGCAACACAAGUCUCGAUGCAAUGAUCAUGGACGGACGUACAAUGAAUGUGGGAGCAGUUGCCAAUGUGAGGAACGUGAAGAAUGCCAUUGGAGUUGCUCGACAUGUUCUCGAAUACACCCGUCAUACCCUCCUGGCUGGAGAUCAAGUUUCGGAUUUUGCAAAGGAAAUGGGUUUCCCUUUGGAAUCUCUGCAAACUCCAGCAUCGCGCCAGCAGUGGCAGAAUUGGCUGAAUAACAGUUGUCAACCAAACUUCUGGGUGAAUGUUGUUCCGGAUGCCAGAAGUUCGUGUGGCCCCUAUGAGCCAAUGUGCAAAAAUUCCGUUGAAGAUUGCAUUGAACCAGGUAAUCGGGAAGAUUUCAACAUUGGGCCAGAUAAUCACGACACCAUUGGAAUGAUAGUAAUUGAUAAGAAUGGCCAUAUAGUCGCGGGAACAUCUACAAAUGGAGCAACACACAAAAUUCCUGGACGUGUAGGAGACUCCCCAAUUGCUGGUGCUGGAGCUUAUGCAGAUGAUACGGUGGGUGCUGCUGCUGCAACUGGUGAUGGUGAUAUCAUGAUGCGAUUUUUACCAUCGCUCCUUGCUGUUGAGGAUAUGAGGAGGGGUGUAGAACCAAAACAAGCUGCAGAGAAUGCUAUGCGUCGUAUAGUUCAACACUAUCCCACAUUUUCUGGUGCUCUCAUUGCUGCUACAAAAGAUGGUAGAUACGGAGCUUCUUGCUUUGGAAUGAAGGAGUUUCCCUACACUGUCAUUGAUGAGGAUUUCAACAGGAGAACCACAACACUUCAUGCUGAAUGCUUCACUAUAGAUUGAUUUUGUAACCUUAAAGUCUUUAAAUUGUUCAUACUUUAAGUAAUAAAAAGAUUUUAAUAAA